AUGAUGUUACUUCGAUUUGGAUUACUUUUAACGAUGAUUUUGAUAAAAACAAUCAAUGGAAAUUUAGGUUUAACAGCUCUUGGACGAUGCAUAAUGUCAGAAGCAUCAACAGGUAAUCGUGCUGAACAAAUUGCGAUGGGUUUUGCUUGUGAAAGAAAUGCAAAUCACGCUUCAAACAAAUUUCCAAUUGCAUCUGUAACUCGUCUUGCUCAAGAUAUUCACGCAGGAAGAAUCAGUGAUCCAACACAAGGUGCAAAUCGAUGGUAUUCACCAAAUUUAAUGCCAAAAGAAAACGAACGUUUUAAAUGUAAAUCUCCAAUUGGAUCAGGAAAUAUCGAUUGUAAUGGAGGAUUAGAAAAUGUUUGUGCAAAUAUGAAAAAUUAUAAACCUUCGUGGGCUGAUAAAAACAAAUUCAUUUCAAUUAAAGAUGUCAGAAGUUGUUAUUUUAAAUUUUAUAAAAUUUAA